UUGCAUCAGCCGCAUAAGCUAUCAUCGCCUCGUUAUCCUUUUUGCUGAACAAAUUUUGAAGUCGUUUGUGUGUGAAUAUUUCAGUGGUGCAUUAAGUGUUAACUCAACUGUUUAUUCUGAAAAGUCUGAAUUGGCGAAAAUGGACUGCAAUGCACAUUUUGAUUCUCCAGAUAUACAAAACAAUGCAAUUUAUCAAACUCUGAACAGAACUGGAAAUGGAAAAGCUAUAAUCGCAUAUUAUAAAGAAAAUUUAACUCUGGCUAAGCGAAUUAGAUGUCUGCUUAGCCGAGAAGUCAUAACUCGAGAGAAAGAUCGACAGCUGACUGCAAUUUUUCGAGAGCCGGGGGUCGAACGAGUGGAUCAGUUUAAAAUCACUAAAGCUCAGUUCGAGUCUUGGGCAACUGACAUUGCAAUCGUGUUUCCAGGCGAGUAUGCCAGAUUAUAUUACAAACCCUUCACGUCACAGCUCGUGCAAGUACACCAACCAAAUGGAAGGAUUUUAUCCAAACGACGGAAAGAAAAUCCAAGUGGCAUUUUAUAUGAUCAUUACGUCUAUUUGCAAGGAAAAUUGAAAAAUCAGCACCUAGUGAGGAGAGUAGACAUCCCCGUGGCUGUGGACAACGUGGAUCCCAUUGAAGUGGAAGACGAAGCCCUUGACUGGCUAUCAGUAAACCUUGAACCAGCAGCACAUGUGAGUAAUAAUUGGACCGCCUCACGAAGAUUGAGGAAAGCACGAUUGCGUGAAGGCAUUAGCAUCCAUGAAUAUUAUGAGUUACUCCCGGUCCUAAAAACAGUGUUGGGUUCACAAUUGUUGUCGAGUGAUUUCGAUGAGCUGUACCCUGGGCGUGAUAACAUUUUUCAAAAUCGUUGGGAUGCUGCACGAGGUGUACUAAUUGCUGCUCUCGACAAAAUUGCUUCAAAAUUAUCGCCAGAAGAUUUAAGGCUUUACUCGUUGUUACCAAGAUCUGCAGAGCAUGUUAAAGAUGCGAUUCUGCUACAUCUCUUGCCAUAUUUGAUUACUCCACCCCGACAGAAGCUCACAAGAGGUCAACGAGCAGAAAAACGAACUGUAAUAGAAAAGCAAGAGGCUUUCUUGAUCCACGCAAAAACCGCAGCCGAUAUCAAUACAGCUUUAGAAAAUCAACGAAUGAUUUGCAAUGCAGCAGGAACGACACUUCAGGCAAUUCCAGUUUUUGUUGGUGAUUCCAUUGAUCGUUUGGACACAUUUUAUGUUUACAUGAAUAAUUCUAUAGAUGACCCAACGACCUAUCAGGUGGACACUAUUCUGAAAGCUAUACAUUUAACUUUCAAAAUUUUUUUUGCAUUAAGUUGUGCGUAUCCCCUAUUUGCCCAUUCCAUUUGGCUGUUUAUACAAAAAGCUCUGUAUAAUAUUGAUUUGCCAGAUGAUCGUUGCAAUAGGGAGGUGCUGCAAUUGAUCGAACAAAUUAAACAACCACCUAACGAGAAUCGUGAUCCGAAUCCGCAUUAAAAUUCAACAUGUAUUCCUGCAAACUUUGUCAUCUAGAUUUUGAUACGUCCAAGAGUUAUAUUAGUCAUGUAAGAUUAUUUCAUCCUACUUCAGUCAAAUUUCAUUGUGAGAAUACCACGUGUUUGAGAGUUUUUAAAUCUGUUAACUCACUCAAAUCACAUAUAGACCGAGUACAUAAAAGAAAGACACAACUUGAAAAAGAUCAGUUUUCAUCCAAAAAAUUCAAAAGUAAUAAAAAAGAUCCAGCGAGUAAAGAAAUUGAAAAUGUGAAUGGAGUGGUUGAGGGAAUCGAAAAUGCUGUGGAAAAUAAGGAACCACUGCAACGGGAGAAUGUAACGGGCGAUUUUCGAAGCAGUACUAGUCAUAAUCAAUCCGAUGCAUUACCGCCAGGAAUUUCACAAAAAUGGUUGAUGUAUGCAGCGAAGAUUUAUAGUCAUUUAGACAUUCCCCGAUCUAAAUCGCUCGAAAUACUGAAUGAUACUCGUAAUUUCAUAAAAGAUUUACUUCAGGAUAAUAUAAACAAUUUUGAUAAAGUGUUUAAUCCACAUGAAUUGAUAACUAUUGAAAAGAUGAAAGUUGAAGCCACACUGCAUUUACAAAAUUUUUCCAAAGCAUACAGUUCCCAAUUAGAUUGUUUAGAUUCCGAGCAUAAAAUUAUUAAAGAAUUUGAAAACCGUGGAACUUACAUUGCACCAGAAUCGUAUCUGCUCGGUGAAAGAGAAGAUUUUCGAAAAAAUAAGCAAAACAUUGAUAAAAGAAGAAUCCCGGUGACUGCUCAAAUGAUUCGUUUACGUUAUAUUUUACGUAAUUUUUUCGAAUUGCCUUUAGUUUUGGAAGAAACACUUUCUGAGAUUGAUUUACUAAAAAUGGAUUCCUUGAUAAUAUCUAAUUUUAUUUCAAGUGAUUUAUGGAAAGAGCUGAGUAAAGAUGAUGAAAACAAAAUUGUCAUGCCUUUAUUUUUUUAUAUUGACGACUACGAAAAUAAUAACCCGUUGGGCAGUCACCGAGGAAUUUCAAAAUGUAGUGCUGUUUAUGUUUCUAUUCCAGGACUACCUACAAAAUUUUGUGCAAAACUCGAAAAUAUCUUCUUAUUUUUAUUAUUUAAUAGUUUGGAUGGAAAAAACUUUAAGAAUUCAAUUAUUUUUAAUAAAAUUCGCGAAGAAUUACAAUUCUUAGAGACUGAAGGGAUCACAAUUAACUAUUUAAAUGGAGAAAAGCGUUUAUACUUUCGACUAGCAUUAAUAAUUGCAGAUAAUUUGGGCAUGCAUCAAUUACUGGGUUUCAGAGAAUGUUUCAAUUCCGGAAAGAUAUGCCGCUUUUGCUUAAUAGAUUAUCAAGACAUAAACAAAGUUUUCAAAGAAGAUGAGUGUGAAUUGCGAACAGUCGUGAAUUAUGAAAAUGAUCUGAGGAAAAAUGAUCCUAAGGAAACCGGAAUUAUGGAACGAUGCGUAUUAGAAGGUAUCGGAGGCUUUCAUCCCCUUAAAAAUUUAGCAGUCGAUGUUGUUCACGAUAUUUUAGAAGGGGUUUGCAGGUAUGAUUUGGCUUUGAUACUGAGUUAUAAUAUAAAGAAAAAUUUUUUUUCUCUUACUCAGCUGAACAAUCUCAUCGGAGGAUUUUGCUAUGCACCGAUUAAAAAUAAACCUACAGAAAUUUUUGCGAGUCACUUAAAAAAUAAGUGUAUAAAUAUGAGUGCUUCAGAAAUGUUAACAUUAAUUGUGAAUUUACCGGUCAUCAUCGGUCAUUUCGUUCCCCAUGAUGACGAAGUUUGGCAGUUAUUGCUAUCUUUGAGAAAAAUUACAAUAAUUGUAAUAGAUUAUCAAUUUAGUAAAAGUGUGCCUGACAUAUUGGAAGCAAUCAUAACUGAAUAUUUAACACUAUUAUCAACGUUGUUCCCGUAUUCACUGAAACCCAAACACCAUUUGUUAUUGCACUAUCCAAGAGUUAUGCGAUUAUGUGGUCCCUUAUGGAAAAUAUGUACAAUGAGGUUCGAAGCAAAACAUCGUGAGGGAAAAACAGCCUCUCGUUCUACAGUUAGUCGUAUUAACGUUUGUAAAACGAUCGCAAUUAAGCACCAGCUGCGUCAAAAUUACAGGUUUCUGAAAAAGUGUACUCCAACAAAUAUUAUCUACGAUUUUAAAUUAUUAAAAACAGAGUUGUUGCGAAACUUAGCAUGUUAUGUAGAAUUACAUGAAAAAUUGUUGGCUUCGAUUGUCACGGAAAAUGGAGAAAUAAAAGUUGUAAAACGAGUCGAUGUAGAAGGCACAAAAUUCGACGUUAGAUCUAUUAUAAUGAUACCAAGUGAGGAGGGUCCUAUUUUUUACAAAAUUAAUAAAAUAAUCAUCCAUCCUGUUAGUCAUUUAGUUUUUAUUGUUCAAAAACUUCUGUUUGUUUGGCUCGAUGAACACACAGAAUGUUUUAAGUUGGUCCAAAAACCAUACCAAUGGUCAAUUUUAGGCUUAAGUGAUUUAUUUAGUUGUAAGGUUACCAACUUGGUACGUGCAUCAAAUGGUAGGCAGUUCGUUUUAAAGAAUUGGUUGUAAAAAUAGUAAUAUUCUCAUCAACAAUAAAUUUUAGUA